GGGAGAGAAAUAAAAAUGGGUGAUGUUGAAAAAGGCAAGAAGAUUUUUGUUCAGAAGUAUGCCCAGUGCCACACUGUGGAAAAGGAAGGCAAGCAUAAGACUGGACCAAAUCUCCAUGGUCUGUUUGGGAGGAAGACUGGUCAGGCCGCUGGAUUCACGUACACAGAUGCCAAUAAGAACAAAGGCAUCACCUGGGGAGAGGACACCAUGAUGGAGUAUUUGGAGAAUCCCAAAAAGUACAUCCCUGGAACAAAAAUGAUCUUCGCUGGAAUUAAGAAGAAGGGAGAAAGGGCAGACCUAAUAGCUUAUCUUAAAAAGGCUACUGAUGAGUAAUUU